AUGAUCACGCCUAUGUUUGAGUGCAGCCAGGAGGGUGGCUUCGUCGUCAUUCACCUCGUCCUUUCCGCCAUCUGCAAGGUGAUGAACGCUGUGUUUGACAUCCACGAGACGCAGUUCACUUUCUACUGCUCCCCGUACUACCUGCGCCUGCGCUUUGACCAAUGCCUGCAGGAGGGCAAGGGGGAGCGGGCUACGUACGACCUGGAGGCGAACGUGCUCACGGUAUACCUUCCCAAGGCAAACCCAACGGAGGUGUUCACAAAGCUCGAUAACCCGGCCUACCUCAUCGCUACAGAGAAGCAGCGUGCUUCGCUUAUUCAGGUCCUCAGCGUCGCCAACUCGAGCGACGCCGCCACUGACGCGGGUGAGGAGCUCGAGGAGAUCGAGUACGUGCAAUCCCUGCCGGAUGCCGCCGCGAUGGGCGGCGCCGCGGACCGGAGCGAGAGCCUGGCACCGGCCGAGCAGUGCAGCUACGGCUUCGCAAACGCGUUCAGCGGACUCUUCCAGAAGCUCGACGCAGAUGUUGUGCGCGAGGUGGUGAGUCUUGGCGAUAAUCCCGAGUGCACCACGUGCGAGGGGCGCCGGCAAUUGCGCCUCGCUGCUGAGAUGAGCGACUUCGACGUAGACGCGCUGCUUUUUGCCUUUGAGGACGCGGAAGGGGAGGUGGCGCAGGUGUUGCGGUACGUCCCUGCCCACAUUAGGGACUUUGAGAGUGCUCUGCGUGGUAGCACUGCCGGGCCGGGAGAGGAGCAGGCGUUGUUGCCGGUGGUGUUCGCGAGUAUCCCUGAAUCGGGUGCAGGCAGGGCAGAUCCGCUGGAGGAGGAGGAAGCGACGCUGCUCGGAGGCGACGAUGCGCGACCAGUGACAGUGUGGAGCGGCAACGUGGCCGACUUCAAGAAGCCGCUCAUUGAGGAGCUGCACCCUGCUGUCGACGGCGAGCGAGGGCCGAUAGCAUCCGAGACGACGGCAGCCGCACCAGCCGCCUCUGUCUCUUCUCAAGCGGGCGCCAGUAUUGCUGCGCCGCCUGGGCCGCGUACGCGGUUGGCGAUUCCUCGAGUGCGCCCGUCGCUACAGUUUUCUCGAGAGGAGACGGAGGUGCUGAUGCGCGUAAAGCUGCCACGGCUGCUUUUUCCUCCCUCGCCGGCAGAGGUGGAGGCGCUGACGGCGGACCUCCUCUUUAGCGAGGCCUACGACGACCUCGCCACAGAGGGCAGCGGCUGUAGCGAGUCCUUGUGGAACCUCACACAACUGAGUCCGGCCCUCUCCUACCUCGACCCGGCCGACACACUCUACGACGCAUGCGUCGCGUUCGCGCGCCGCGCGCUGGUGUACCCGCUGUACCGCCACUUUGCCCUGCUGCAGCGGGUGUGGGCGGUGGUGGGCACACGGCUACUGCUGGGGCGCAACUACACCAUCCGUGCCCUUCUGCGCAUACGCAUCAUUCUGUCCCACGCGGAACACAAACACCUCUUGUCGACCAUCUAUCUGGACCCUCUGAUUGCAUACUGGAUGCACGUUUCCGAGGCGGACGAGCGGCUGAUGCGUAUGGCGCUCGAGAUCCACCAGCACGUUUCCCGGACGGAGCCGAUGACGGUGUCGACGUCUGGGGCUUCUGCUCGGCAGCCGAUGUUGGUGGAUGCGAAGAAGGUGACACUCUACCCGCUCACACUCGUGCACCUUGGACUCCCGUUCUUGGAGGAGGAGGAGGAUCGGUGCGAGGAGUGA